AAAAUUGACCAAAUUGAAGAUCAACAGUUUUACACUCUCAGCAAUUGUCUGCUGAAGCAUUUUUAUGAAAAAAAGCUUUCUACUACUGUGGACACCAUCAUCAAAAUUGUUGAGAAACAAGAAACUGUCAAACAGUCACUUGAAAAAGAAACAAAACAUUAUAGAUAGAAAACUUUAUUAAUGUAUAGAAGCCAUAAUUAGCAAGGGAAAAACCCCAUACUAAUUUGGGGACACAGUUUAUAAUUGGAAUUAUGUAUACAAUAUAUAGGUAAAAAUAUUAAAACUACGCAUAAUGUAUUAUAACCUAACGAAAAUCUAAGAUGAGUGAUAUUCACUGUAAGACUGAGGCGAAUUGUAAAAUUAAAUGAGCAGAGAGAACAGCCCUUGCAUCCAUCAUCUAUCAUUGAGCUUAAAUCAUUUUUACAAAUUUUGCUUUCAAAAAUAUUAAAAGGUUUCGCUGAUGUAUAAUCAGGAGGUAAUUUUACCGAUAACCUAGGCCCAACAUUAUCUGUUGCCCUGAUAAUUUAAACGUUGUUGUAAACAUAUAUCCAACUUACAACAACAAGUUUUCGCUGAUGUAUAAUCAGGAGGUAAUUUUCCCCAUAACCUAGGCCUAACAUUAUUUGUUGCCCUGAUAAUUUAAACAUUCUUGUAAACAAAUAUCCAAUUUACAACAACAAAGACUGCAAGAAAUCCCGGGUCCCAAAUACUACAGUGCCAUGGUUGCAACAGGUCCGUGCCUUUGAAAAACUGUUAUCUUGA